GCUCAGCGCACACUAGCUGGUAGCCGGCAAAUUAGUGAUAUUCCGCUGUACCAUAGUGAACACUCCCAUGCUGUUUGACGUUUAGCCAUUGCCGCCAUGUUCAGUGCAUGAUUAUAGUGGCAUGUAGCGGUAGUUUUGUUUUGAUUUUUUGAUCGUUAUGGAGGGACCGCUCAGCAGUAGCAGUAAUUGAAAUUAAUUUGAAAUGUAGCAAAGAGAAUUUGUUUGGAAUUGCAGAAACCUAACCUUCAAAUAUAAUUAUUAUUGGGGUUGAAUGGAAACGAUAUGAUGACAUUGCGUGAAAGCGCCAAAAGAGAAUACAGCACGCACACCACAAGUAUUCGGUGUCGGAACACAUGGCAGAGUCGAUAGCAACCAGUCUGUUCAGUUGAAGAGCGUUUACUGAUUGUGUUGGUUUUGGAAGCGGCAAUUAUCUCAAAAAUCUCAGCGAUUGUAAAAUGUGUUUACUUAAUUUUAAAAAAAUCACUUAAUAUUCUGUGGAAAAUUUAUAAAAAGCACAAAAAUUAAAAGCGAAAUGUAAUAAAAGAACAUACAACUUAUGUAUGUAGCUCUUAUCACUUUACAUAUGUACAUACAUAUGUGAAUACGAAACCACUUGUAAACAACACUAAAAUUAUAAAAAAAAGUUAAGAAAUUCAAUUGCAAAUUUUAGAAAAAUGCUUUUUUCGCGUAUGCAAAAUGCAAAACGUGCUAUUAUUCAAGCUGGCUUGUAGAGUGCUUAUUUAUCACACCGCCAACCGGGCACCAUGCGCCAGCAAUGCAACUGAUACACCAUUUUCGUGAAAUGCAUUUGGUUGCCUAAUGCAAACAACGUGAAAUAUAGAAACUUUUAUCGAGUUGAAAUGUAAACAUAAGAGUUAUUUAGUAUUGGCUGAUGAAAUUUUAUUUUUUAUUGCAUGGAAACGCAACACCAGCGUAAAACCGAAAGCAGUAGUUGUCCAUUAGUUCAGUUCUUGAUGGGAGCUCCAGCUAAAUGGUUGUAAAGCUACACAACUAACAAAGUUCGAAAGUUUGAUGCUUACAUAGAAAUAACUAAUUGCUAAAACGUGGUUUUAUUACGAAAAUUUGUUUUAAAAAAUUAAAUAAAUUCUUAAAAAAUAGUAAUCACCACAAAAAAAACUCGACAAGUCACUAAAAAAUUUGAAAGUGUUAUCAGCAUAAAUCAGCUUGUUUUGCCAAGUGAUACGUAAAUAUUCCAAAAGUUCGUGAAAAAGUGCAAAAUAAGCGUAAGCUCAGAACUAGCAUUUAUACAAGAAAACGCCGAAUUCCAUUAAAUUAAAAAAAUCGUCUUACAAUGACAGAACGUUAUGCUAAUGGUGUUAGCACAAGUUUAGUAAAUAAUUCGCAACCUGUUGCAAGCAAUGGUGCCGCAGCCGCCACCGGCGCCGCCGCUUCGUUCAACGGCCAUGGAAAUGGCAAUGCGCCAAUGCCUGAAUCUGACGACGGUGAUAAAAUCGUAUUGAAACGCAAACUGACGCUAAUGAACGGCGUGGCUAUCAUUGUGGGCACUAUUAUCGGUUCCGGAAUAUUUAUAGCGCCAACAGGUGUCUUCAACUAUACAGAAUCGGUGGGCUCGUCUCUGCUCAUUUGGGCUGCUUGCGGCAUACUCUCGACAAUCGGCGCGCUUUGCUAUGCUGAGUUGGGUACGAGCAUCACACGUUCGGGUGGCGAUUAUGCAUAUUUGUUGGUGGCAUUUGGACCGCUAGUCGGCUUUUUGAGAUUAUGGAUAGCUUUGUUAAUCAUUAGACCAACAACACAGACAAUUGUCGCGUUGACUUUCGCACAAUACGCGGCAAAACCAUUUUUCGAAGACUGCUCACCGCCAGAAUCGGCUGUAAAGAUUUUAGCGGCAAUUUGUUUGUGUUUGCUUACUGCCAUUAACUGUUUAUCCGUUAAAUGGUCGAUGAAAGUUCAGGACAUCUUCACCGCCGGCAAACUUGUGGCAUUAGUCAUGGUCAUUUUAGCUGGCCUCUACUAUUUGGCGUUGGGCCGUUUUGAGAAUUUCGAAAACGCCUGGGAGGGCAAUUAUGAUGCGGGCAAUAUUGGAUUCGCCUUUUACUCGGGUCUAUUUGCAUUCGGUGGUUGGAAUUAUUUAAAUUUUGUAACGGAGGAAUUGCAGGAUCCUUACAAGAAUCUCCCACGCGCUAUUUGGAUUGCUAUGCCCCUAGUCACCGGUAUUUAUGUGCUUGUGAAUCUCGCCUACUUUGUGGUGGUCUCGAAAACGGAAAUGCUCAGCUCAUUGGCAGUGGCGGUCACGUUCGGUAAUCGUGUAUUCGGGCCGCUCGCCUUCAUGGUGCCGAUAUUUGUGGCGCUUAGCACAUUCGGUGGCGUUAACGGUGUGCUCUUCACAUCGGCACGUCUCUUCGCGACGGGAGCACAAGAAGGUCAUCUACCUAAAUUCUUUACACUAUUCCACAUCAAACAACAAACGCCCAUACCAUCACUGAUAUUCUCGUGCAUCAUGUCGCUAUUGACACUACUCACUGCCAACGUUUACGUUUUGAUAAAUUACUUCAGCGCCAUGUUGUGGCUGUCGGUGGUCGCCAGCAUAGCGGGUAUGCUGUGGAUGCGUCACUCCAAACCGAACAUUCCGCGACCUAUUCGCGUGCAUCUGGCACUGCCAAUAAUCUUCAUUAUAUGCUGCCUGACCCUGGUGCUCUUGCCAAGCUUCAAGGAUCCGAUGAAUCUCAUUGUAGGUAUCGGCAUUACCGUUGCGGGUAUACCGUUUUAUUAUCUAUGCAUAGCGCGUAAGAAUAAGCCAGCUUGCUAUGGUAAACUCUCACGUGGUAUGGUGAAUUUCUGUAGAGCCAUGUUUAAUACGGAACUUAUAGAGAGUAGUGGAAGUGACGAGAAAUAAACUAAAAAGCGGUAAAGGUAAAGGCUAUGAAAUAUAAAAUUAUGUAGGCUUUAGUUUUAAGAAAUAUUAAAUUAAACAAACUCAGCGCUAAAAAGGUUAUAUUUUAAGGUAAUGCGAGUAUGUACAUACUUCUACAUACUUAUGUUAUUCCGAAUUAUUGCAUAUUGUGUUUAUUUCACUAAAAUAAAAUUGAAUUUAUUUUAUAAGUUAAAGCUUAAGUUCCUCUAUUAAAAGCAUACACAAACAUAUUUGGAAUAAACUUGUAAAUAUGUAUGUACGUUUGUAGAAUACAAGUAUAUGUAUGUUAUGUGUCCCGAUUUGAUUUAAAAGUUUAAACAAAAAUUAUAUGAAUAUAAAAGUUGUAAGUGCUUUUAAUUAGUAAAAAUUAAAGGUGAACCUCUUUACAAGCUUGUACAAAACAACAAUAAUAAUAGUAUUAAAAUUUUUAAUACAAUUUUUUUAUUUUCCGGCCUUAAGAAAGAAUUUAGUAGACAGAAGACAUUAAAGACAUGCUUUUCCGGGCGUUAUAAACAGCUUUUUAAAUAAAUCAAGCAUCGAAUUUUCUCAAAAUUGUAGAAAAUUUGUUGAUUGACGAAAUUAAGAGUCUCUUUUAUAUACAUAUUAGACUAAGAACAUAGUGAAGCAACAGAGAUAAUAUUAUAUGUGAAAAAUAUACACAAUUUUUGUUAAAUAAUGUAAUUUAAAUAUAUUUUUCACCAAACGUAUAAAAUUAGUCUGAAAAUUAGUAGUCAAGCAGUAAAACUUUUAAUAUUUAGAUUUUGUUUGUUCAAAAGAGAAAUAAAACUUUAUAUAAAUGUUGUAAUA